AUGGUCCGUAAACUCAAGCACCACGAGCAGCGGCUCCUCCGCAAAGUCGACCUUCUCACCUACAAAUCCGACGGUCCUUCUCACCGUGAAGCCGCCAUCCGGCGCCGAUAUCAUCUCACCCACCCGCUCGACUACUCCAAGUACAAUGCCCUGUGCGGUCGACUGAGGCAGCUCGCGCACUUGCUGUCAAAUCUCGACCCGGCGGAUCCGUACCGCGUGGAAACAGAGAGCGUGAUGCUAGAAAAACUGCACCAGAUCGGGAUCCUGAAGCAGAACCGCAGCCAAGGCGCCGGGUUGUCGUCGGUGGAAAAGGAUGUGACGGUCAGCGCAUUCUGUCGUCGCCGCUUGGGCAUAGUGAUGGUCCGCAUCGGCAUGGUGGAACAUGUCGCCACGGCACACAAGUUUGUUGAACAGGGCCAUGUAAGAGUGGGCACUGAAGUGGUUACCGACCCCGCCUUCCUUGUCUCGAGGGGCAUGGAGGACUUUGUGACCUGGGUCGAUGGAAGUAAAGUCAAGAGGCAGGUUUUGGAGUACAGGGAAAAACUGGAUGACUUUGACUUGCUGUGA